AUGCAGGAAGCCCUCAUGAUCAUUCAGAAUAAUGUCCCCAGUCUUAAGGGAAGCAACGAAGCCGAAAUUGAGUUGGACAUUGAUGAAUUGCCCAAUGACGUCUUGCUUAUGCUGUUGAAGUUCGUCAAAAAGAACGUUCCCAGCAUUGUGGAUGACGAAGACCCGGCGCCUGCUAGCGUCCCCGCUCCCAAGGCAAAGAAAAACAAGCCCAUGAGCAAGUUUGAACAGGAAGCCCAGAUCAAUAUGCUUGAGAGCAACCUCUCCCGUUUCCACGGAGGCGGUGGUCACUCUCCCGACCCCGUUCCUUCCGUCGAGGCCAAUGAGUCGAGCGAUGACGAAUCUGAGGAUGACUCUGAGGAAAGUGAAGAGGAUAGAGCUACUCCAGCCUUAAGCUUUGCUGCGUUCGUGCUUGUCUCGUUCCGCUGGCUUGACGGAUGUAACUUGCUCUGA